AUGAAAUCAGCAGUUUCCCGUAAGUUUUGUCAAAGAGCACAAUUGGCUGAAUUGUUUCGCCCACACGAACUGACGAGCACACUUAACGAGAUCUCAACUAUAAAAAUCCGCCGAGCUACGAUAAUCGAGAUUCGCUUUGAUCUGAUCGUGAAAAGAUGCGAAUCGAAAAUUGCUUUGAUCGAAUUUGUCGAGCCGACCUCGUGUGACGCUGUUGAAGUGUCCCCAUUGUCCGAAGGGGAUUUUCAAGUUAUAGAAUCGAAUGUCUACGAGAUCGAGAGCUCUUUUCUUGAUCAAUGUCGUCUCGUUGCUUCCGGAAUGAUUGUUCCAUUUUUUUCAAAUGCUGGACGCCCGGUUUUACUGAAAAUUGUGAAAAUCCAUCCAGAAACGGAGAAACCGGUGCUAUUAACGGCUCACACCGAACUCCACGUCGCGCCAGUCACUAAUGGAUUUUUGAAGCAGUCAAAUCGAGAAGAGAAACGGAAUAGUGAAGAGAAAUUUAGCAAGCUGUUCACCGAUUUGAAUCAAGCAAGCACCUCGGCCGUGAAUGAAGAAUAUUUCGAUAACAUUCUUCCACCGACUCAUUUAAGAGUUCUACCAAGAGAAUUGCACAAAGGAUUGGAUCAAUGUUUGCAUAUAAAUGAUGUUUAUGCCAUGCAUACAGACAAAACCCAACCAUAUGGCAGCACUUUUCAACACGAUGAGAAAAUCGAGAAGCUGAAAAUAUUGCUAAAGAAAUAUCCCGGUCAUUGCCUGGUUUCUUCAGUAUCUCCCUUAUCCGAAUACGAGAUUCUCAAGGUUUCGCCAUUAGAAAAAAAUCGGCUUGUUACACUGAAAGAAGUGGAGAUUUGUGUGAAUGAUGAGACGUCUGAUCGAUUGAUCGAAGCCGGGGAUUUGCUGAGUCUAACCCUUGACAAUGAUGUUCGAAAAUUGAGCGAAGCCACGUCGAUUCUACUCGGCAAUCACGGGACCACAAUCAAGACGAUACUGCAAGGUUCCCCGCUCACUUAUCAAUUAUGUUCGCCUUUCAAAGAGCUCAUGAAUCAUCCACAAAAUGGAAAGCACAUAUGUUUUCGAGUGUCAAAGUCGACUCGACCAAUCAUCAGAAAAACUUUUAUGGAAACAAGUUUACCACAAGAAGAACAAUUGUUGAAUUAUGGCUUUGAGGCACCAAUAAAAGCUGAAAGAUUUCAAAUUUCAAGACGAUUUGUUGAAUCGAUUGACGAAAUGGAU